GAGGACUUGCUCACUCAGUUCAAUCUUGGUCUUUCUGCAGCUUCGUUCGCGCCUGGUACGCGUGUCCGCGGUUUUACAAGGUACAAGCGUUCCAAACCAAACGGCUUCCCGCACAAACUACGACAACGGUACGCGCUCAGAAGCGUUCUAGUCUCCGGUGCGACCCGCUGGAAGUUUGUGGAGUAAGUUUUGGAGGUGUACUUGUAAGCGAUUGAAAUUCCCAAAAAUCCCUAGCGCUUGCAAUCACUACUGGUGUGACACAAAUAGCCCUUUUCUGGUGGCGUAGAAGUUCCGGAGGACCGGGAUUGUGAGAUCAUCUGAAAGGUGCACAGCACAAUGUGAAAACGUGAAACGGUGGUUUGGUGGAUCAAAAGCAACCUCAAAACUUGUUGAUCCAAGCUUCUUGGAGCGGACGCAGCUACAACGCGCUCUAGACCGUGUGCCUAAGCGUCGCCCGUCGCCUACAUCUGGCCAAUUGAGAAUUCCGGCAUCUUUUUGUGCCUCUCUGUGGUGGUGGUGAACAUUCAGUUGCAAGGCGGCCCACAACAAUUACGUCAUUCGGGACGAGUGGGGCGGUGAUUAAUUAGAAUCCGGCCACAGAAUAUCCUACGCCAACGUGCUGCUGCCGUCUUCGGAGUCCAAUAGAGAAUCAAUACGAGAGUAGCCCCCCCACAGUGUGGAAGGGGUGCGUCAUACCCGAAUGCCCUGACCUAGACUGAGGUGAACUCUGAAUAGAUUGGCUUGACAGAACAGUUUGGGAAAAAGUUUGAUCUCUUUUUCAACUUUUUGAAGGCUCGUGGAGUUGUCAUUAAACGAAAUUAAAACAUCAAAAAUUCAUAGCAACGGUGAAAGUGUCCAGUAAGUUUUUCGUUGGUCGUAAGGGAAGUUCCUGAAAAGAAUUAGGCCAAAGAAGCCAUUGCUGGGAUUUGGAACUCCCUGGAAAAGGUUACAAAAUCGUUGUGCAUUUGUGGUUCAACUCUAGUAUCAAUUUCGUCUUUGUGUAUUCGUGUGUGAGUGUGUUUUGUAUUUGUACGUGUGCCCAGCAGUUUUCCGGUGACAAGUGCGUACAAGAGCCUCAAAGCACCUUUGUGUAUGUGUAUUUGUGUGAGUAUUUGAAGUUUAACACCAGUGAAAGGAGGGUGACUGGGGUGUUCGUCCCUGUGCAUAAUCCUUAUCCAUACGUGUAUGUAUGUGUAUGUGUGCGUGUGUACCGUGAUUUCGUAAUAUUUCCCCCUUUUUUGUAAUCAGCGGACGCGGAAUUCCCUACCGCUAAAGAGGGUGGUGCAACGCGUCCUUACGCUUACGCUUCCGAGCAUUUUGUGCGUUGGAUUGCCUCUUGUGGCUGUGCCUGUUUGUACUACGAGAGUUUCAUUGAAAGUGGGAGGUUGCUGUAUUGUGGAAAAUUGGUUUUCCCCCUUUUUGGUCUUGGUUCGACGUAAAACGGUUCAAAUAAAAGGGGUCGUUCGAACGUUUUGCCCUGGCCAGUCAGUGAGAAGGAAGGAACAGGGCCAGUGUAUUCGUAUUGGUGGUAGUAGUGGAAGUAAGCAAGCAGGCAGCAAGAGCAGCAUUUUGUCACACCCGCCAUCCGUUUGGAUCCGUCCAAAAUAAACCGCCAGAAUUGAGCCGCCUAUGUACAUCAAGAAGGACCCGAGAAAGGAAGGAGUAACAAUGCGCGAGAAAAAAGGAGGUGCUUUGCAGAAGAUAAAAAAGCGGUUAUCGCACAGCUUCGGCCGAUUAUCGAUAUCGCGCGAGGAAAGCGACGACUCCACGCAGCAGAACAACCACCAUCACCUUCCGCACCAUCACCAUCAUCACCACGGACAUGGUCACAAUCGUGGCGGUAAAGUGCCCUUCAACGGUUACACAUCCGAGGAGUACCUCGACCGACUGGAACCAAACGGCAACAUCCCGGCCGAUAAGUCCUACAGCAAACAUUGGAACAGAGUAAGCGAUCACGAGCGCGUCCAUCGGCAGCUGUCGGUGUCGUCCGACAGCAAGCUGCUGGACGACGACAUCCGGGAGGAAACACGUGUGAUAAUGCGACCUAAGAAGCCACCCCGGCCGAAAUCCGAAGUGUUCUUGAACAAGCACGACCCGCACCCGAGAAGGAAACGGUUUAGUGCAUUCGGGGGUGACUCGCCAUUUGGCAAAUCAGAUGCAUACAUCAAACUAGAGCAACUCGGUGAAGGAUCCUACGCGACGGUAUUUAAAGGUUAUAGCAAUUUAACAAAUCAAGUGGUAGCGUUAAAGGAAAUCAGGUUACAGGAGGAGGAGGGCGCACCGUUCACGGCCAUACGCGAGGCAUCGCUGCUGAAGGAACUGAAACAUUCGAACAUCGUGACCCUGCACGACAUCGUGCACACGCGUGAAACGCUCACGUUCGUCUUCGAGUUUGUGAAUACGGACCUGUCACAGUACAUGGAGCGACACCCGGGCGGACUCGACCACAGAAACGUGCGCCUGUUCCUGUUCCAGCUGCUGCGAGGGCUUUCCUAUUGCCAUAAGCGACGGGUGCUGCACCGGGACGUGAAGCCGCAGAACCUGCUCAUCAGCGAAACGGGCGAGCUGAAGCUGGCCGAUUUUGGGCUGGCCCGUGCCAAGAGCGUCCCCAGUCAUACCUACUCGCACGAGGUAGUCACACUGUGGUACCGACCGCCAGAUGUCCUGCUCGGCAGUACGGAGUACUCCACCUCGCUCGACAUCUGGGGCGUCGGGUGUAUCUUUGUGGAGAUGAUUACCGGCAUGCCGACCUUCCCCGGCAUACGCGACACGUACGAUCAGCUGGACAAGAUCUUCAAAAUUCUCGGCACACCGACGGAGGACACGUGGCCCGGGGUAACGCACCUACCGGGGUAUAAGCUACAAAUGCUAGGCUUUUUCAAAUCCCGCAAGCUAGGGCUGAGCUUUCCCCGGUUGUACGACAUCAACGAGGGCGAAACGAUGGCCACCGCGUUUCUGCAGCUCAAUCCGGACAACCGGAUAAGCGCGGAUGAGGCGCUGCGCCAUCGAUACUUUGCGUCGCUGCCAAAAAAGCUAUACGAACUGCCGGAUGGUAAGAGCCAGGGCAUGACUAGGAUGCCGACGUGGUUAACAUUCAUUUCUAACUUUUUGCCCUGUUUGUUGCCCUUUUUUUAGAAUUAUCCAUCUUCACCGUGGAAGGUAUUUACUUGCAUCCGGAACCGAACCGCCACCAUGGGCACCGAGCAUGAGAGUUAAGACAAAGCAAAACCCUAGAUGCAAUACGUUAUUAUUGUUAGUAGUUAAUGUGAUUACCUGCGUUGCUGGUUAGCAGAAGACGCAGUGGAAGAUGAAUUACAAUACAAAUGAAACACAUACACACACACACCGUCACACCGAUACACACCGAAUUAUUCGCAACCAAUGUGUGUGUACUGUGUGGGUGUGUGUGUGCUUGGCGCGUUAAAGACGAUGGGGCAGCCGGUGUGAGUGCACAGACGGGAGGGAGCAGCAUAAAGCGGCACGAAAGCGAUCAUAGCAAAACGCAAAAGCGCGGAAUGCGCAGAAUAGGAACAAAAACGGGGCGAAUAGCAGACAGAGGCCGGAUUGGGGGAGGAGUGUGGAAAAGCCGAAUCAAAAGUAGAUAUCCUCAAAUUGUUGCCUUUUGCUUAAACAGGCACACGGAGACAAAAACAAAGUCACGCACGCAUGCAUUGACGAUUGAGCCAGCCACGCAAGAAGUCCUCGGGAACCAAAGUGAAGCUAAAUGAUGUGAUCAAUUCAUUCAUACAUCGCUCGCAAACCCUCACCCUACACUCACAGACACACACAUUUCAAACACAUCUGCAUACGGCUUAGUUGUUCACGUUUUGCCAUUGCAUAGUCUUUGGUUUCCAUAUCCCGUCCUGUGCUGCGAAGAGCGUUAAAAGAGCGAAGAGAGCAAGAAAGAGAGUUAGAGGGAGUCAAAUUCAUUAUUUUUCUUUUAUUUUGUUUUGUUUUUGAAAAUCGAAGAUGAUACUUCGAAUAGGCAGCAAUUGCUUCAUUUUUAAACACUUUUAGUUUACCUAUUUUGCGCGCACACAAAAGAGAGAGUUUUUAUUGCAAACAGGUAACAAUUCGACCUGCGACCAAUUGCGUAUGCUCUAUAAGCGUGAUAUUAUAUGGGCUAAUUAUGAGUUGUAUCCAGUUUUGUCCAUGAUUUUAUAUCUAUUCCUUGUAUUGCUUUAUUUCAUGCUGAUGGCAUUGUCUAAGGUAGACAAUAAUAAGCUUUUUAGUCUCUAUAUCUCUCUUGAACCCUUGGAAAAGAAGUUGGCGGAUGGAUUUGGUCUGCCCUUCCGCAGGCUGUGAGUUCAUCAUACACACACACAAACCCCGUUGUGUGAUUAAUCCGAGGUUGGUAAAAGUAGGUACAUUUACUCGAUUCGCAUCCACAUCAAACUGGUAGGCCUAAACGCGUACGUGGUUUUUGCGCAGUUGAGUUGAUUUUGCUACUCCGAAACUCUGUGCGCUGGCAAUAUUUCCACCAACAACCCCAUUCAGACACAAACACACACACGUACACAAUUUGCUGCAUUUAGUGGAAAACAUUACCGGGUUAGGCAAUGAAGAGGAAAGAAUGGUAAGGGUUGGGUUGUAGAAAAAAUCCACACAAAAACGCAGGGCAAAAACAAACGAAGAUCCCGAGAUGAGUGUCACCUGAGUUUUAGGCAAUUCCGUUAUUCUGUUUUACAUCGGAAGGUGUGUGGUGGUGUAGCUGUGUAAGUUGGAUCAUCGUUCUUUCGUUAACAGAGACCCCUUUAUAUCCAGAUCGCGAUGUAAAACACACACAACCCCCGCAACACAAUUUUUUUCACUAGAUCGUCCCUGUAUUAUUACAAAUUAUUGGGGAUACAUUUUACUACACGUAAAUGGUGUGCUGUUCGCCAUCGAUCGUCGUAUGUGUACGAUCGUUUCCCUUUUACCUUUCUUUCUGGUAACGUUAAAGCCCCCACGUCGUAGCGGAUUAGGAGAUAAAUCAAAGGAAGGAAAAAAAGUAUUGAUACAAAGCAUAGAAAAUGUGUUUUUGUUUUUUUUUAUGGGCUUUUUUUGAUUUACGGAUUAUACGUUAAGUGCAAAUGUUUAUUAUUAAAAUGAUCGGAACUGAGACAGAUCGCGGAGCUAUAUGUGGGAGAUAGCGCUAGGCGGAACUAUAGACAGACAGCAAACCCCCCUUUCAUACAUAGACACGAAAUAAACAAUCUUUAAACUACA